AUGGGUAAUCCAAACGGGAAAAAACAGGAUAAAGUUCCAUUACUAUCUUCUAAGAAUAAAGCGAAGAGGAUAUCAAGUAUUUCCAAUCGUAAUCCAAAUUUCAAUGAUUUUAAUCAUGUGGAUUCAUGGGGGAUGUUACAUGAGUCUGAUAACGAUUAUGACUCCAUAUACGAUUUCUCAAAACCUGAUGAUAAUAUAGAUUUAGAAAGAAAUGCGUUCAUUGAUCAUAGAGCAUCUAUUGCCAACUCUAGUUCAUACCAUCCUCGUCUUAAGAAGAAAAAGAAAGGGCCGGCUAACAAAGACGUAGUUAUCGAUGUCGAUGCAUUGUUAGAGCAUGUUCAUCAGAAUAACGAUACUGAAAUUGAUUAUCAUGACACUGAUGACGAAGACGAAUAUAAUUCAAGACCUUCAUCAAAGGGUUCUUCUUCAAAUUCUUCCUUGGAUGAUGUCUUCAUUGAUGAAACAAAAGACGCCAAGAUCUGGCCUGAUGUAACUAUCCUGGAAGAAUUUUCAAAGGAAGAGACGGAAAGACUAAGAAGAGAGGCUCAAAAGGAUGCAGAAGCAUUCCCUUUAGAGUAUGAUGAUACCGAAGAGGAAGACGUUUUUAAUAGCGGUUCAAAGACUAAUGAUAAUCACGGCAACAUUGUUAAUAAUACAACAGCUAAUACUAAUAAUACUAAUAAUAUUCUUUUUUCAAAACCAAUUGUAACCAAUAUAGACGUGCCUGAACUGGGCAACAAACAGGUCAAUGAAGCGGAACAUCUGCAUUCAGGAAGAUUAAGACCAAAAAGAAUUGCACCUUGGCACUUGAUACAAAGGCAGUCGUUGAUUAAUAACACCAACUAUAAAGACUCUAAAACAAAAAUUGAAAGAGAAAUGAGAGAUAAUUUAUUAGUUGGAAGAAAUAUCAAAUAUCCAGCUCAUAUCAUCUCCAAUAAUCCAGAACACUUCAGAUUUACUUAUUUUAGAAUCGAUUUAGACUCUACAGUACAUUCGCCAACUAUAUCUGGAUUAUUACAACCUGGACAAAAAUUUCAAGAUUUAUUUGUAAGUUCAGUCUAUGCUCCUCAAAAGAUUUCAAGAAGAGCUUCCACGGUUGGAUCUAUGUCCCCAACGACCAUACCAUUGAAUACCACCAAUUCAACACUAUUGUUGAACCAAAAAAAUGCUUCUACUUUAUCAGGAAACGCACCAUCACAACAACAAUUACAGGAUGAGGAUAUUCCCCCCUUUUGGCUUGAUGUUGUCAAUCCAACAGAAGAAGAAAUGAAAACUUUAAGUAAAGCCUUUGGCAUACAUCCUUUAACCACAGAAGAUAUUUUUCUUGGAGAAAUUAGAGAAAAGGUCGAACUGUUUAAGGAUUAUUAUUUGAUUUGUUUUAGAAGUUUUGAUAUUGUUGCCGCCGAAAAGAAGAAGUCGAGACAUAGUAAUAUCAGUAGGAUUAAUAAUGAGAAAUUAUACGAUGAUAGAUCGUCAUCAAAUUCUGAUGUUCAAAGUAUGCAUUUUCAAAAUGAAAAUUGGUUCGAAAAAAUAAAAUCCUUCUUCGGUAAGAAACCUAGAAGAAGGUCUUCAAUCAGUGCAGGUGCUGCUAUUAAUAGGAGUAAGAGUAGAAGAUUAAGCAUAUUAAAAAAACAAGAAAAGGAAAGAUUCAAAAGAAAGUCUGGUGAUAGGCACAAACCAAGGGCAGGCGAAUUGGAGCCAUUAAACGUUUAUAUAAUUGUCUUCAGAACAGGUGUUCUUACUUUCCAUUUCGCACCAACUCCACAUCCAAUCAAUGUUAGACGAAGAGCUAGAUUGUUAAAGGAUUAUCUCAAUGUAACAUCAGAUUGGAUUGCCUACGCGCUCAUCGAUGAUAUUACUGAUGCAUUUGGUCCCAUGAUUGAGUUAAUUGAGGAUGAAGUUUAUGAUAUUGAAGAUGCAAUUCUGAAAAUGCAUCACGGGGAUGAUUCAUCGUCUUCCGAUUCUUCUGAUUCUUCUGACAAUGAAGAUUCUGAUUUAUAUGGAACCGAAAAUGAAGGUAGUUCUGAUACUGAAUUAAUAAAUAGGAAACAAAAAAGGAGACGGCGCAGAGGUUUGAUCAGUUCCAAUUAUGGAACUCUUCAUACUGGCCGACAUAGUGCAAGAGGUGGAGAAUCAAUUAGUUCAAGAGGUAGUGGUACCGAUAGUAGUUCGAGUACAAGUAGUUCCUCGUCGUCUUCGUCAUCGUUAUCCACAUUCAAUGCAAAUUUGAUCGGAUGGAAAAAGAAAGGAGAUAUGUUAAGAAGAAUAGGUGAAUGUCGUAAGAGGGUAAUGAGUAUACUAAGAUUGUUAGGAGCUAAAGCUGAUGUUAUCAAAGGAUUUGCCAAGAGGUACAAUGGACAAUGGGGUGAAAUUGCCCCACAAGGAGAAAUCGCCAUGUAUUUGGAUGAUAUUCAGGAUCAUAUAAUUACUAUGGUUUCAUCAUUAAAUCAUUACGAAAAGUUAUUGAGUAGAUCGCAUUCUAAUUAUUUGGCCCAAAUUAAUAUUGAUAUGACCAGAGUUAAUAACGACAUGAAUGAUGUUUUAGGUAAAAUAACCAUCUUAGGUACUAUCGUAUUGCCAAUGAAUGUUAUAACGGGUCUUUGGGGUAUGAAUGUAUUGGUGCCGGGACAAGAUAAGAAUUCAUUGCAGUGGUUUAUCGGUAUAAUAAUGUUUAUGAUGGUAUUAGCGUAUACGGCAUACAUGUACACGAAGAGAAGAUUUGGAUUCUGA